UUUCCACACUGAAAAACAUACAAAGUUCAAACUCAGGAGUUCAGAGUGAAACCGGCGAUAAAAUCAGAACAUCGUGUUUCUUUGCUUCUUCAUUGUUGGAUCUGGACGACAUUCAGUCAGAUUAGGAAGCAGCUAAGCAGCCACAGAUCUUCAAGGUGAGCACAUCGACUGGAAACCAGCAGAGAAACCAUUCGGACCAGAAGAUGAAGAUGACGAAGACCCUGGUGCUGCUGCUGCUGCUGCUGGUGGCUGCGGCCAACGCUAAAGUCUUUGAGCGCUGUGCCUGGGCGCGCACCUUGAAAGCCAAUGACAUGGAUGGUUACCAUGGCGUCAGCCUGGCCGACUGGGUUUGCUUGACCCAACACGAGUCAAACUUCAACACCAACGUCAAAUACCGCAACACAGACGGCUCCACCGACUACGGCAUCUUCCAGAUCAACAGCCGCUGGUGGUGCAGAGAUGGCGGAGUCUCAACAUCCAAUGGAUGCGGCAUCAACUGCAGCCAACUCCUGACAGACGAUGUGAGGAAAGCGAUCACCUGCGCCAAACGCGUCGUCAGGGAUCCCAAUGGCGUCGGAGCAUGGGUGGCCUGGCGUCGUCAUUGUCAGAACCGAGACCUGAGCAGCUACCUGAGGGGCUGCAGACUCUGACCUGGACCUGAAGACCAGAUGAACCUUCAUCCAGAAACAUCGUUGUCUGCAGCUUUUAGAGAUCCGGUUAAAUAAAACUAAGUACACCCCUGA